AGUAAACACAGAAACUCUGUUAGUGGCGUUAACAUCGAGUCCAACACAAGUACAAUACCUGUAACAGGGCAAUAAUGCCUUCAGUUCAGCGUUUUAGACAGUUUUUCAACGAGCGACUUGCUGCUGCUGCUGAGGAAAUAUUCAGCGCCUUUGAAAAAACUAUCCUCGAGUACGAGGAAGAGAUCAGCCGUCAGCGGAAGCUGCUGGACAUCGCCUGGAAACCUGCGGUGAAGUUACCCAGGAUAGAGCUCCCACAGCAACUUGCCUGCAAGGAGGAGGAGGUUGUUGCCAUUGACCACCAGCUCAUUCACCAAGAGAGAAACUCCAGGUUGGACCAACAGGGCCCAGAGCUUCCACAGGUUAAAGAGGAGCUCUGUACUAGCCAGGACAGAGAGUAUCUUGUACUGAAGCAGGAGACUGAUACCUUUAUGGUGCCUCAUACUUAUGAGAAAGGUUGCAACACUGGAGAUCCGACUCUGUGCUUGAAUCUGAGUGAAUCUGAGAAUCUAGCAGAGAAAGAGUCAUUAGUCAAGAUAUCUAUUAAAACCCCAGAGGAAGCAGAGCUAAAUUCCAACCACCAGUUCUUCUCUCACAGUUCUUGUUUAUCUAAGAGCCGUGAGAUAGAAGGCAAGCCUGGAAAUGCAGAGACAAAACCACAGAAGAUACCUCUCAAAGGCAACUAUGUACAUAAUCCUGCCAUGUUGAUGAAUUACUGUGAAACACACACAAGCCAAAAGUCUUUCAAAUGUGACACUUGUGGAAAAACAUUUCCGUUUAAUUCCAAAUUGAUCAGACACCUGCGAAUCCACACGGGUGUGCGGCCAUAUUCUUGCAACAUCUGCGGUAAAAGAUUCAACCAGACAUCCAUACUGAACGUUCAUAAACGAAUCCACACAGGUGAGAGGCCAUAUUCUUGUAACAUUUGUGGGAAGAGAUUUAAUCAGACGUCAAUACUGAACGUCCAUAAAAGAACCCACACAGGCGAGAAGCCGUAUUCUUGUAACAUCUGCGGUAAAAGAUUCAAUCAGAAGUCAAUACUGGACGCUCAUGUCAGAAUCCACACAGGAGAGAAGCCCUUUUCUUGCAAAACAUGUGGGAAAUGUCUCAGAAGUCGUUCUAGUUUGCUGGUCCACAUGAAAACACAUAGAGGUGAGCAGCCGUAUUCCUGUGAGCGGUGGGAUGUUUCAGGUGUAACUAUCUUGUAAGUCCAUGUGUGAAGUCAAACUCGUACCAGACCGUCGCUAAAAGUAAAAGCAAAUUAUGUUGGAUACAGUUCCAGUUUUGUGGUUCGAGACCAAAACACAGCAGGAAUGCUUAAUUGCAGCUCAUAGGAACACAUUUUCAUAACACUUAUGUACUUUCUGCAGCUCCCUUGUCAGAAGCGGUCGCUGCAGUGUAUAGCACUGCGUGUUCUUUAUUUGGCAGAAUUUUGCACUGCAUGCCCUUCCUGACGUAACCUUGAAGGGAUUUGCGUCUCCGACUGGAAUUAAACCAGCAACCUUUCACUUCCUAAGUGAAUGUGUAAGCCAUCACACUACAGAACAUCAUUAAAGCCCCCCUUACUGUAUAUGGUUGGCAUAUAGCCAACAAAGUGUCUUUGUAAUGGGGAUUUAUGAGUUCCCCCCACUCUGCCUUGCAGAUUGCUUGCAGAGCUCUGAUAUAUCAAAAGCUGCUCCUUCCUGCCUCCAAACACAUCUUUGGUGAUUGUAGCUACAAAACCUCAGUUUUAAUUUCAUCUAUCCACAUCACUCACUUACCAAAUGUCUUCUAUAGAUGGCUUCAGAUGUUGACUUUUGUGAUGAGGUUGCAGGUCAGGUCUUCUGACUCCUUCUAUUCAGACCCUGUUGCUGCAUUCGCUCACAGUAAUGUAUGAUGCUCCUUCACUCCUGUGUCAGCAAAACCUUUCUGCAGCUCCUUUAGGGAUUAUGAAUAUAAGGGUUUGGAAUAGUGGAUUUUCAAGCUUGAAGUGCCUUCAUAUCUUUAUAUCCUUCCCUUGCAUUGUUUACUUUUUACAGGUCUGCUCACAGUAUUUGUCAGCUAGUGAAAUUUCAGCUGACAAACUGUAAUGACAGUUGUUGUUGUUUUGACGUAAGGCCUAGAGUUACUGAAGAGAUGAGCCUUUACAAGAAGACAUGCACAUGUCACAAUAUCUGUAUUAAAAUAUAUAUAUCUAUAAAUGUAACAAAAUGUGUGCCUGAAUGUUUGUAUGCAGCUGUAUGUCUUCACCUCUGCAGCAUGUGAGUUGCUGCUUUGCUUUGUAACUGUGUUGCUUUUUGGCGUUGUCUAUUUGUUAAAGUUCAAAGCUAGAAGUAUUAUUAUUAUCAUCAGGAUUAUUCAGUCUACCAGCUAUUAAAUCUGUCUGUAAAACACUGUUGAGAAACACCCAUUACAAUGUCUUACAACUCCAGCUGAUAUUUGGAGAUAUUUUGUUUGGCAAAGAACAAAAAUGUUCACAGCUCAGUGUCACACAAGACGAUAAAAUUGAAAUUCUCCCAGUUGAACUAAGUCGAGGAGCUGGAGUCAAAUCCUGUUUGGUGUUACUGUUCUUACUGCUCCUGAUUAUUGUCCCAUUGCAUCAUUUAGAAGCAAAUGCAGUACGGCAGGCUGCCUGUCGGUGUAUCAGUAGUUCUGCUGUAAUUGUGAUGAAUGAGAUACACUCAACUUGUGUUUGCUGAUUACAUCAUAUGUAUAUCUGUCUUCAUCGUUUUAGUCUGAGUCUGCUUUACGUGGUUCGGCCCAGCCAAGCAUUCAUUAGGUUACAUGUGUAUGUUUCUACUUUAAGGUAUCACAGUAAGUAAAGACCUUUACUGUAUUAGUAUUACAAUUAUUAGCAUUACAAUUUCCCUGUAAGCAAAUGGCAGAAACAACAAAACUGAAGUACUCACAGAAGUUACAGUAUUUUUUUUUUUUUCUUUUUUAGCUUGACUCUAGUAAGAUUGUCUUCAAGAUUUGAAUUUAAAUCUCGCUUGGGCACUUAUUGUAGACAGACAUGCAAAUAUACCAUCACACACACACACACACACACACACAUAUACAUACAUACACAUAUAUAUCGGCUGACUUUGGCUAAGCCCUUGUAGUGCCUGCUGUAGAGACAACCAGUGAAGAUACAUGAUGCUGGAUCUAAAUGUACAGCAUGUUAAUGUCUUUACCAAAGUUGCAUGCUGUUUAAAUAAUGAAGUUAAAAGUUGCUGUUUAAAAUUAGUCGAGGGGAUCAAAGGAAGUAACAAGAAGCAAUAAUGACAGCAUUGCCCGUUCAGUGUUCAACAGAGUCUCUAACUUGUUUUACUGUAUUCAUCAAUGUUUAGAGAUAUUUGCAUCAAUAGUAUUAUAGUGUUUUUUUGUUUUAUUUUUAAGUAUGUGAUCCUGAGAACCAUCUGUGCACUCUGGAAGUCUGUGGUAUUUUCUAUUUAAUCUUUUUCCUCUGCAUUAUUUGUUGC